CAGUAGCCACUCACAGCCAACACAGUCAAGAUGGGAAAGGGUUUUCAAAAUUUUAUGUCCAAGAAGGACUUCCAUCCUAGCGCAUGGUGGAAUUUGAAAAGAGUGUGGGAAGUGCGGCAAAAGAAAGCCAUCGAUGACAAAAGACAAGAAGAUCUUCGUGUUCAGUAUGAGAAAGAGCAAGAAAUGCUCAAUAACAAAGCGUUGCUGGGAGAUGAAAAGGCAAAAAUGGGUCUAUCAUUCAUGUAUGAUGCACCGGCAGGAAUGGCUAGAAGGGAAGAGCCCAAGGAGGAACCCAAAUUCGAAUGGCAGCGGAAGUAUCAUGCUCCACGUGAAGAGUGGGCUAAGGAUAACGAUCAGAUCCAAGAUCAGCCUUUUGGUAUCCAAGUGCGCAAUGUGCGGUGCUGUAAAUGUCAUAAGUGGGGUCACUUGAACACCGACAAUGAAUGUCCCCUGUACGGAAUGAGUGGCAACUUUGAAGAUGCUGGAUAUGCAAACAAUCCAUCCGAUCUGAUCAAAGAAUUACGUAAAGAACGACAAGAUGUUGGGCCAUCUCGCGUGAAAGAAGAUCGUCGGGAGAAAGGCGAAUUUAUGGAUCGAACACAAUUGGCUGAAGAAAUGAAGGAAACCCAUGGAUUGCGUCUGAAAGGAAACGUUCUGAACGGCAUUCGAGAAGAUCAGGAUGUGAGCACGCUGAAAGGUGAACCAACAGAAGCCGAGCAAAUGAAGAUGUUCCUUGAAGGUUUGAGCGACAAAGAGAAGAAGAAGCUCAUGAAGAAGCUCAUGGGUGUUACUGGAGGAGAUAAAGACAAAAAGAAGAAGAAAAAGCGAAAAGAAAAGAAACACAACAAGAAGAAGCAUCGAGAAAUUAAGAAGGAAAUCAAGGAGGAACCUGAGUCGUCAGAGUCAGACAGCUCAGAUGAUGAAGAAGAUGCGAGGAAGAAGAAACAUCGCCGUGAUUCGAGCAGUAGCAGUGAAACUGAACGGAAGCCCCCAAUGCACGAGAAAAGACGAAAUGCUCACGGGAACAGCGACAAAGAUGAGGACGAGAGAAGAUCGAGAGUAGAUAGAAAGAGACGACACGACUCUAGUGAUAGAGAAGAGGAUAGAAAGAAAGAGAAGAAUGGUCGAGAAGGGCGCAGACAUGAUUCGGAAAGUGAUAAGGAAGAUAGAAAGAAAGAGAAAAAUAAUCGCGACCGGCGCAGACAUGAUCCGGAAAGUGAUAAGGCAGAAGACCAAAGGAAAGUAAAGAAUGGUCGAGAUCGGCACAGACAUGACUCGGAUAGUGAUAAGGAAGAACGUGAUCGCAAGCAGAGAAAAUUGGAAAGAGAAGAGAAAGAACGCCGUCGACGUCAUGACUCCAAUAAUGACGAAGAUAGGGAGAGAGGCUCAAAGGGUCAGCGCAAGGAUGCGUCGUCAAGUCGACAACGAAAGGAUUCAGGUAGCAGCGAUGAAGAUGCCAAGGGCCAAAGCAGCAGUUACGAUCGUGAUGAGUCGAAAGGAAAAUCCCGUCAUGGGACUAACGGCAGAAGAAGACGCAGUACAUCUUCACCAUCACCACAUAGACGAAGAAGGAGUUCAUCAACAAGAUCGAGAUCUCCACGCGAUAGAAGAAGAUGAAUUUGAGUUUGAGAGAUAACACUUUGUAUGGAUGUAUUUUUUUUUGCACUGGUGUUGUAUUGUACCGUGUAUAUAGUGGAUAUAUAAUACCUCAAUUUCUUUUCUAGAAAGUGAUACCACCAAUGAACUUAUAGUAGUGAAUCUGUUCUUUGUGAUUGUCUAUAUGUAUC